GCAGCUGCUCAGCUCGCUGGCCAGCGAUCUGGAUGUGAUGCUGAAUGAUUUGCGCUCAGCGCCUAAUCAUGGUACAACAACAACGACAGCAACAGCAAUGACAACAGCGAGCACACAGCAGCAACAGCAGCAACAACACCAGCAGCAGCAACAGCAACAGUAUCAUCAGCAACAUUCAAGGCAAYUGCAGCAGCAGCAUUGGCAAAGCAUUAACAACAAUAACAAUAAUAAUAACAACUUUAGUUAUAACAACAACAAAUAUAAUAGCAAUGGCAACGGCAACAUACAACUGCCACGCCCACAAUACUUAAGUGAUAUCAAACUGAGGCCUGUCAAAACGGCCGCAUUAGCAACGCCAGCAACUGCAACAGCAACAGCAACAGCACAGCAGCAGCUACAACAACAACAACAACAGCAACAACAACAACAAUCGAAUGGCUUUCAGCGCCGUCGCUUGACCACAAAGCCAACGCCGACGCCGCCGCAGCGUCGCUCAACGCGUCGCAUGCGCAACGAGCAGCAACAGCAGCAGCAGCAGCAGCAGCAGCAACAGCUGCGCGAGGAGCUCGAAACUGAUGCUGAUGAUACGGAUGCCAGUGAAUUGGCCAAUAUGACGUCACCGCUGAGUGCGAGUGCGGCUGCCACGCGCAUUAUUGGCCUAUCGCCGGACGUGAAGAAGUUGCAAAAGUUGCCGCUCUGGUGCCGCAACAACAACAGCAGCAACCAUAACAACAACAACAAUAACAACAACAGCAGCAGCAGUAAUAACAAUAACAAUAGUUGCAGCAAUAUUUUAUCAGCGCAGCGUCGUUUAACAACAACAACAACAACAACAAUAACAACGAAACGCCAAAUUCAACAACAUCAACUGAGAUCCAAUGAACAGCAGCUGACGUCGGCUGCUGCUGCAGUGGGCGUGGCUGCGCCACUAACCGAUAAAACAGAGGCUGUUGUGGCUGCGGUCAAGUGCAGCAACAAUGGCAACAACAACAACAACAACCACAACAACAACAGUAACAGCAGCAACGGCAAUGGCAAUGGCAGCAGCUGCAAUAAUGCGGCGCAACAGUCACAAAAAUCUCAGCUGCAGCAAUCGAGCAACAACAGCAACAAAUUAAAUGGCCAAUCAAAUCUCAGUUCGAACAACAACAACAACAACAGCAGCAGCAGCAAUAGCAAUAACAACAACAACAACAACAAAAUGAUAUCCAACAGCCAAGCGGAUGGGAAGAAUGGCGACAGCCGUCGCAGCAGCAGCCUGGAACCGGAUGCAGACGACGUUGUCGACUUGGCCCAUGGCGGAGCCUUCGAUGACGAUAUGCAGGCACUGCUGCCCAAAUGCACGCGACGCUCGAGAGAUGAGCUCAGUCAGUCACGCACAUCUCUCGUCUCUAGCUCGGAGGGCGGCAUUCUGGCCGAAGGCGAGACAUCCAGCGAGGAGAGCUCUCGCGAUUCCAGCAACGAUUCGCCGCCCUGUGAUUUGGGCCUGAUGGAGCGAUUGCUGCUAACGCAUCCCAUGUGGUUUCUGCCCGGCAUUCAGCGUUCCGGUGCCGUGCACCUGCUCCAGGGCAAAGAGGAGGGGACGUUCAUUGUGCGUGGCUCCAGCCAGCCGAACACGAUGGCCGUGUCGGUGCGCCUGCCCCAGGACACGGGCCCAUACAUCGAGCACUAUCUGAUCCAGUCGCAGGACAACAUACUCAGCCUGGAGAGCUCACGCUUCAAGUUUGGCUCCAUCCCAGCGCUGAUCGCUCACUACGCCCAGUGCUGCGACGAGCUGCCCGUGCAGCUGAUGCUGCCCCGGGUGCUGCGCGAGGCGAACAACCGCAAGAAGCUCUCGUCGCUGGCGCUGCUCGGCCAGGAGUUCUGGAGCUAUGCCAGCAGUCCGGCUGUGCUGGGUCCGCCCGUUGCGGCCAAGACAAAUCUCACGGCCAUCGAGCAGCAGCAGCAGCAGCAGCAACAGCAACAGCUGCAGCAGCAACAGUUGCUGGACGCCAAGUCGCCGCUGUCGCUCACAGAGACGAGCGGCCUGGGCACGGCCACGUUCUUCAGCGAUGCUCUGGUGGCCAAGCCGCCGGCUGUGGCCCCGCCCCAGACCCUGUUCAGUCCCACGGGCAGCAGCCAGCUGCUGGGCUUCUUCAGCCAGGCGGGCACGCCGUCGGACACCAACUCGAGCAUGAGCUCGUUCACGACCAGCGGCGGCCAGCACAUGCAGCUGCUGAGUCCCAAUUCCGUGGACUCGGUCAUACUGACCAUGUCGCCGGUGGAUGCGCAGGGCUAUCUGCCGGGCGGUGGUGGCGGCGGCGGCGGCGGUGGCUUGGAGCAGCCACUGCAGCCGCAUGGCAGCAACAAUUUGAGCACCUUCAAGACGACAUCGGCGGCUGUGGCGAGUAUUACGGAGCUGGAGCAGGUGCGUCCGCAGCGACCGAAGCCGCCGAACACAUUGAAUCUCAAGCCGCCGGCGCCGCCAAUGCGCUGGUCCAAGCCCCACUCGCCGGAUCAGCUGGGCAACAACUUUACGGUGACCACCACGGUCACCUUUUCCAUGGAGAACAACAACAACAGCAACAACAACAACAACAUUGCCAGCAAUGGCAUCAACAGUGCAGCCAUGGCCAAGCCGAAUCCCGCCCAGUUUGUGGAGGUAACAACGCCAGCCGCGAGCAAUCCCUUCAACGCGCUGCUCAACUCACAGGCCAGCACCAGCACGUUCCAGACCUUCGCCAAGCGCCUGUCGCCCGAGGGCGAGUGCAAGGAUACGCUCUCAUCGCAGGGCUCCUCCUCGAACGACAGUCGCUGGCAGUCGCAGUCGCAGUCGCAAUCGCAGUCGAGCCGCGACUCCAGCCACAGCCAGCGGAAGAUGCUGUCCCCAAUGACGCCCAAUGGCGCUGGCCACCUCCUGCCCGGCGUCGGCAGCACCAGCAGCAGCAGCAGCAAGUCACGCAAGUCGCGCAUACGCAAGGAGUCCAAGCACUACCAGGAGUCGGACAUACUGGAAAGCCCGCCGGCGCAGUACUGUGCCAGCGCCCUGAGCGACAAGAUCAGCGACUACGAGGACGUCUGGACGCACGAUCCCAGCGAUCGGGCUAGUCUCCUAACCAGCUUCAAGCCCGGACUGGACAAUGGCGGUGUCUUGAAUCGACGACCCGACCUGCUGGCCGAGACACCAGCUAGCACACCCACGCAGCAGCAGCUGCUGUCACCCUGCGAAGAGACCAGCGCUGGCCAGGAUAGCAGCCAGCAGCUGAUGCAGUUCUCGGGCGAUGCACCGGCUCGCUCCCGGGCCGGCCUCCUCCUGCCGAAUCUGGGCAAUGCGGCGCCAGCCAUGACGCAGUCGCUAACGGAGCCGAGCGCCGCCGAUGAUGGCGGAGACACGACGCCCACUGCGGCACAGACGCCGGGCUCACGCAGCAAGCAGGGCAGCCCCACCUAUGCGGAGCCGGCGGAUGCACUGCGCCAGGCGGGUCUGACCAAUGCCGCGGCGGCGAUCUUGCGCAGGCAACAGCGCAGCCAGCUGCUGCCCGCCAAUCAGCGGCACUCGGAGCCGCUCAAGGGCGGCCAUGCAGCGGCCGCUGUGCCGCUGCUGCUGCCCGCCGAUCUGGAGAAGUUGGCCGGCAGCCUGGACGAGCUGAAGCAGAAGCCAAAGCCGAUGGCUCAGCAGGCGGCGAAGCGUGGACGCACUCGCAUCGAUCACUGGCAGCUGGACAGCAGCUGGGAGUUUAUGGCCAAGCAGGAGACGAACGGCGGCGGAGGAGGCGGCGGCGACUAUGACACCGCUGUCGACUGGCAGGAGAAGGAGAACUCGCUGGGACGCGACAAGGAUGGCUCCAAGAAGCGGCCGCUUACCGUGCACCAGAUCAUUGCCAAGCGUCUGCCCGAUCUUAAUCUGCCGGAGCUCGUGCGCUGCUCGACUCCGCCCCAGAUGCCGGCAGGAGCAGCAGCAGCAGCAACAGCAACGUCGACGACGACGACGACGGCGGCAACGGCAACGGCGAUAACGACGAGCGCAGCCCCGCUGCAGGAGAAAUCGAAUGCCGAUGGCAGCCAAAAGUCAUUCCAGAGCCAAAACGGCUGUCGACUGUCCUCGUACGACAACGUGGAGCGCAAUUGUGCCGCAUUCUGUCAGACCUACUACGGCGGCAUCGACUCGGCGCAGUCAGACGAUGGCACUGUCUUCUCCGAGCCCUGGGACUCCUCCCAGUGGGACUCCUUCAUGCCGAUGCAGGAUGAUGCCACCAUCAAUUCGGAUACCAUACAUCUGUCCAAGUGCCGGCCGGCGCUCUCGGAGGAUGACACCAUCAUUGAGGAAUUCAGCAGCACCAAAGACGGCAGCACCAGCAGCUGCAACCAGGACACGCUCAAGGCCAAUAAAAAUGGCACCAGCGCCGGCGCUGGCAGCAACAACAAUAACAACAACAACAGCAAGCAAGCAAUGCGACCCAAGGUGGCAACCAUUCUAAGGAAUCCAAGCAUGCGGGAUCGUGAGAUAUUAUGCCAUCCCCGGAAUAAGAUGAACAUUCAGAGCGUCGGGCCGGGCGACUCGCUGCGCGCGUACACGCUGCAGUUGGCCCAAGAUCCCAACUCCACGUUCGCCCGCAACAUUGAGAACUUCAUCAGCUGCACCAAGGAGUCGAGGGAGGCGGCGCCCCAGGUGGUCAUGCGCAACAUGCGCCAAUUCAUGAGCGGCAUGAAGAACUAUUUGGUGAAGCAUGGCGAGGGCAAGUUCCAUGCGGAGCUGGAGUCGGCGCGCGCCCGCCUCAAGUCCGAUGAGUUUCUCAACUUGGACGCCAUGCUGGAGACGGUGAUGCACCAGCUGGUGGUGCUGCCACUGCGCGAGCAUCUCUACGGCAUCUUCGUGGACUACUACAAGCGCAGCGAGGACAUUCAGCUGCUCGCCCAGAAUGUGCGCUACGCUUACGAGCGGGAUGCUUCCGACUUUGGGAUACGGCCCACAGUGACGCCGCCGUCGCAGUCGGCGCUGCGGCUCAUCUCGAAUCUGCUGUGGCGUCUGCAGGAGGCCGAGCUGCCGCUGGACAAACUGGAGCUCUUCCUGUGCGUCAUAUCGACGGUGUUCGAUGCGACGGGCUGUCCGCGGGGCCAGCAGCUGGGCGCCGAUGAUUUUCUGCCCGUGCUGGUCUAUGUGGUGGCCAAGUGUGGAUUCGUUGGCGCCGAGAUCGAGGCGGAGUUCAUGUGGGGUCUGCUCCAGCCGACGCUGCUGAAUGGCGAGCCCGGCUACUACCUCACCGCCCUCUGCAGCGCCGUUCAGGUGCUCAAGACGUUCAUGGCAUCCGAGGGGGAGAGCGGCAGCGGCUCACUGGACUGGCGCUCCAGCUGCUUGCCGGCCUGCUCGAGCGUGCUGCGCGUCAUCAUACCGGACGAGUGCAACGGCUCGCUCCAGACUCGAACGCUGCCCGUGCGGCCGCACACGACGACGCGCGAGGUGUGCCGGAUUAUAGCGCAUAAGGCGCGCAUCACCAAUCCGCAGGACUAUGCGCUCUUCAAGCUGGUCGACGGCGAGGAGACGCUGCUCACCGAUGCCGAGUGCCCGCAGGAUGCGCGGCUCGCUGCCAAGGGCAAGCACUGCAUGCUCGCCUACAAGCGCAUCGAUGCCAAGAUUGCCUGGCCCACGGCUGCACAGCCGGGCAGUCAUUGAUGCCACCGGCCACGCCCCUUACCUACUGCCAACUAUACCCAUACCCAUGCUCAUACCCAUACCAGCCAUGCCAACCGGCCUCGCUCGCGCCCACGCCCACGCCCCCGCCCCUUUCCCUCUCCCUGUCCCUGUCCGUGCCCAACGGCCCCAUCUUGCUCACUAACAAGCAUAUUUGAUUAAUAAUUUAUUAUUAUUACAUUAAAAUAUACUUAGUAGCCUGUAAGUAAAGCUAAUUAACGCUAAUACAUCUAAUGUGUACUAAACAACAACAGUAUUGAAUUAAGAGCGGUUUUUUUUUAAAUAUAUUUUUUAAUCUCAUCUCUCGCCAACAACAUUCAAAUCAUCAAAACGUCAUCAGAAACAUCCAGAAGAAAAGA